AUGAAGCCAGGUAGUAGACAAUGGGACUUGGAGCUUAUUGAGGACUUGUUUGAUUCCCGUGAUGUUGAGCUCAUCAAACAGGUGCCUUUGAGUGUUAAUCUUGCAAGUGAUAAUUGGUUUUGGAACAAGGAUCCAACUGGUUUUUUCACUGUCAAAAGUUCCUAUAAUCACCUACAGUCGGUCAAUGGUAGUUGGAGCUCCUCUAUGGAGGAUGAUGUUUGGAAGAUGUUGUGGAAGAUUAAAGCCCCUCCUAAGGUUUUACAUUUUGUUUGGAAAGCUCUUUCGGGUUGUUUGCCUACACGUACUCAACUUUAUAGUAAACAUGUUCUAGUGGAUUUACAUUGUGUGUUGUGCAGCUAUGGGGACGAGUCAAUUUUCCAUGUUUUGGUUCAAUGCUCCUUUGCUCAUUCAUGUUGGCUCCGAUCUGCGCUAGGUGUUGGCCAUUCAGCAGAAAACAAUUUUUUUGACUGGUUUAUGGAAGUGUUGGCAGUAGGCAAUAUGGGGUUGGUGGAAGAAGUUGUCAUGGUUGGUUGGGCAAUUUGGAAGGCUCAGAAUGAUAUGCUUUGGAAUGGUAGAAGCUGUAGUGCUGCUGAUGUUGUUUGGCUGGCUCGUACCACUCUUCGACAAUGGACGUGUGCUCAGUCUAAGCGGCUGGGCUCAGUUUCCCUGGUUCCCAAUCGCACUAACAUAAGAGAAUACUGGUCCAAAACGGCUGCUGGAUAG